AUGACUUCCACCACAAGUUGGGCUGAUAUUCAACGACUUGCUGCAGAUUUGCAACGUGUUCAACUUGCUGAGAGCAAUAAACAAAGGUUAACUGAAGCUAAUUGUGUAGAAGUGAUCAGCAUGCUUAUUUCGAUGGGAUCUAUUGAUUUAGUUAUUAGUUCUGAUGGAAAGUAUGUUACUCGAAAACAUUUACAAACAGAAUGUGCAAAUGAAUGCUUUGCUGCGGGAGGCAGAAUUUCUCUUACUGAUUUGGCCUCGCAAUUAAAUGUAAAUCUUGACCAUAUUUCUGGAGCUGUUAACCAAUUAGUUAGACAAAUCGAUCACGAAGAAAUUGAUUUAAAUGUAUCUACUUCAAAUGAUUUUGUUAUUUGUGCAGGAGAACUUAUUCAUCGUGAUUUUAUUAAUGGGUUGUGUGCAAAAUUGAAUGAACAACUAGAAGAACUUGGAACUAUUUCUAUGCUUCAACUUACUCGACAAUGGGAGCUUCCAACUGAACUUCUUAAUCAACAUAUUUUGACGGAAUUGGGCACUGGGAGAAUAUCGGCAAUUCGUUUUGAAGAUUAUCUGUGCACAAAUCGUUAUAUUAAUACAUUGAAAGGCAAAUUCCGUGCUAUACUUAUUGGACUUACUAAACCUUGUCCUCUAACAGAAAUUUAUUCAUAUUUGGCAGUUAGCGAGUCUUUUUUCUUUCUUUUAUUGAACGAAUUAAAUGAUCAAGGGAAAUUACCUGGAAAACUUUUAGGAACAAAAAAUUCAAUUAAAUCGUUAUAUGUGCCUUUUAUUCAUGAAAGAAUGGCUAAACAGUUUAUUUUACAGCGUUUGUCUGAAGAACAUUUUAUUGGUAAGUUGAAUAUUUUCUUUUAA